GGAAAGGGGCGUUUUCGGCCCGAAGAAAUCUUUUGGGUUUGGAGGAGGGGCGUGAGCUCGCGGCAAAUCGGGCGGGAAGAGGCCAAAUAGGAUUAGGGCGCGCGCCGUUUCGGUUCCUGUUUUCUGAGUCGCGCGGCCUGGGAGCUGCUGUUGCACGAGGGGGAAGGCGAGAGUCCCAGCUCCUGGGGCUAUUUCUGAGCAGUAGAAGUUACAAGUACCCCACUGAACAACCAGUUCCAAGUCCUAUCAUCAAAUCCUAUGUUCCUGCUCCAAAUGGUAACAGAUGUAUAAUAUUUCUUUUAUUUAAAAGAAAUGAGUGUAACUAGUGUUGCAUUAAGAGUUGAAACCUGGCUUUUAGCUACAUGGCAUGUUAAGGUACCUGUAACGUGGUUGGAAGCUUGUAUUAACUGGAUCCAAGAAGAAAAUGAUAAUAUUAAUUUGAGUCAAGCACAAAUGAAUAAACAAGUUUUUGAGCAAUGGCUCCUUACCGAUCUGAAAGAUUUAGAGCAUCCUCUUUUACCUGAUGACAUUUUAGAAGUCCCAAAAGGAGAGCUGAAUGGAUUUUUUGCUCUGCAGAUUAAUUCAUUGGUUGAUGUAAGUCAGCCUGCAUAUUCCCAGAUGCAAAAGUUGAGAGGAAAGAAUACUAUGAAUGAGUUAAUUACAGCUGAAACACAAGUAACCCAAAAGCCUUGGGAAGCCAAGCCUUCACGAAUGUUGAUGCUACAGCUAACUGAUGGAAUUGUACAAGUGCAGGGAAUGGAAUAUCAGCCUAUUCCAGUUCUUCAUAGUCAUCUUCCUCCAGGUACAAAAAUUUUGAUAUAUGGAAUCAUUUCUUUUCGUCUUGGUGUUCUCUUAUUGAAACCAGAAAAUGUGAAGGUGUUGGGAGGAGAAGUAGAUGCUCUUUUAGAGGAAUAUGCCCAAGAAAAAGUACUUGGAAGAUUAAUUGGGGAACCUGAUCCUAUAGUUUCAGUCAUACCAAAUAAUUCUAACCAAAACAUCCCUAGAAAUACAGAUGAUAUAGAGCUUGAAUUAGAACCUUCUGAUGAAGAACUCUUGGCAAGUCUUGAUGAAAAUGAUGUGUUUGCAGCAAAUAAUGACACCUCCUUGGAAAGAAGAUGUUUCAGCAUAGGUAGUUCCUCAAAUACUAUUCCCACAGGACAGUCAAGUUUUGAACCAGGACUUGUUAUUUCUCCAAGACCAAAGGAGAAACCACCAAAUCAAUCUGUGCAUUUCACUGAUGGGGAAUUAGAUGACUUUUCCUUAGCAGAGGCCUUGCUUUUAGAAGAAGCUGUCCAGAAAGAACAAAUGGAGACUAAAGAAUUGCAGCCAUUGACUUUGAACAGAAUACCAGAUGACAGUAUAGCAAGAUCUUCAUAUAAGCCUAAUACUCUGAAUAAUUUUUCUUUAAUUGGCAAAAAUGGAAAUGAUAAUUGGAAUGAAAAUAAUUUAUCUGAACAAAUGACUGAUGAAGACCACAACAAUGGUGUUUUUUCAGUUAAUCAUAAUGUAUCCAUAACCCAUGGUUUUUCAAAUAAAGAUAAGAACUCAGAGACAGAUAAUAAAGUGAAACAAACUAUCAUCAGUUCAAAUGUACAUUCCUUAAAUAAUACAAUAUUAAAUAGAGAACUGGUCAGAACUCCAAAAAGAAGUUCACAAAUUUAUAAUGGAAAUGAUCAGCGUUUACGGAAUUAUUCUUUAAAAUCAUCAGAGAACAGCACUAAACUUUCUAACACCAUGGAUUUGUAUUCUCCACCCUUUAUCUAUUUGUCUGUUCUAAUGGCCAGCAAACCAAAGGAAGUUAUAACAGUGAAAGUCAAAGCCUUUAUCGUAACCUUAACUGGAAAUCUCUCAAGUUCUGGUGGCAUUUGGAGUAUAACAGCAAAGAUUUCUGAUGGAACUGCAUAUCUAGAUGUAGACUUUGUAGAUGAAAUACUUGCUGGUCUGAUAGGGUUUUCAGUAGCAGAGAUGAAAAAGUUAAAAAAGGACCCUCUUCAAUAUCAGAAGUUCCUGGAGGGUUUGCAGAAAUGUCAGCGAGAUUUAAUAGAUUUGUGCUGUCUAAUGACUAUUUCAUUUAAUCCCUCCUUGUCUAAAGCAGUGGUACUGGCAUUGGAAGAUAUUAAUGUGGAACACCUUGAGAACCUAAAGAAGCGAUUGAAUAAAUAAUUUACUAAAAUAUUAGAAAACAACGAAAUAUCUAGAAUUAUAUUUGUCCUUUUAUUUUUGAAACUUUCUGUUCAUAAAAGGGAAAAGGAAGUUUCACAACUUAUUUCAAUUUAAAAGUGUUUAAUGUUUGUUUAGGUUU